GUCGCCCCGGAGCGCCCCGCCCUCCCUAUCCACCUCUUUUACCCCCCGUGUUCCCUCCCCCAGCCCCCCCACCUCAAGUCCGGCGGACUCGGGGGCUUCAAGAUCUUGGCGCUAUGAAAAGUGUCUGCCCAGGCACUUCCGGUUUUUCUUCCCCCAAUCCCUCUGCUGCUUCUGCUGCUGCUCAGGAGGUCAGAUCUGCCACUGAUGGUAAUACCAGCGCCACUCCGCCCACCUCUGCCAAGAAGAGAAAGUUAAACAGCAGCAGCAGCAGCAGCAGCAGCAGCAGCAGCAGCAGCAGCAGUAGCAGCAGCAGCAGCAGCAGCAGUAGCAGCAGUAACAGUAGUAACGAGAGAGAAGACUUUGAUUCCACGUCUUCUUCCUCUUCCACCCCUCCACAAAGCAGAGAUUCGGCAUCCCCUUCAACCUCGUCCUUCUGCCUCGGGGUUCCUGUGGCCACUUCCAGCCACGCACCGAUACAGAAGAAGCUGCGUUUUGAAGACACCCUGGAGUUUGUAGGGUUUGAUACGAAGAUGGCUGAGGAAUCUUCCUCCUCAUCUUCCUCAUCCUCGCCAACUGCUGCAACCUCGCAGCAGCAACAGCAGCAGCAGCAGCAGCAGCAACUUAAAAAUAAGAGUAUAUUAAUUUCUACUGUGGCUUCAGUGCACCAUGCAAACGGCCUGGCUAAACCCUCUACUACGGUCUCUAGCUUUGCUAACAGCAAGCCUGGCUCAGCUAAGAAGUUAGUCAUCAAGAACUUUAAAGAUAAGCCUAAAUUACCAGAAAACUAUACAGAUGAGACAUGGCAAAAGCUAAAAGAAGCAGUGGAAGCUAUUCAGAAUAGUACCUCAAUUAAGUACAAUUUAGAAGAACUCUACCAGGCUGUAGAAAAUCUUUGUUCCUACAAGAUUUCUGCAAAUUUAUAUAAGCAGCUGAGACAGAUCUGUGAGGACCACAUCAGAUCACAGAUUCAUCAGUUCAGAGAGGAUUCAUUGGAUAGUGUUCUUUUUCUAAAAAAGAUUGAUAGAUGCUGGCAAAAUCAUUGUAGGCAAAUGAUAAUGAUCAGGAGCAUUUUCUUGUUUCUGGAUAGAACUUAUGUUCUUCAGAAUUCAAUGCUACCCUCCAUUUGGGACAUGGGAUUAGAGUUAUUUAGGGCUCAUAUUAUAAGUGAUCAAAAAGUCCAGACAAAAACAAUCGAUGGCAUCCUUCUCUUGAUUGAGAGAGAGCGGAAUGGGGAAGCAAUUGAUAGAAGCUUACUUCGAAGCCUUUUAAGUAUGCUGUCUGAUUUGCAAAUUUACCAAGACUCUUUUGAACAACGAUUUUUGGAAGAAACUAACCGGCUUUAUGCAGCUGAAGGUCAGAAGUUAAUGCAAGAAAGAGAGGUUCCUGAGUAUCUUCAUCAUGUUAAUAAACGCCUAGAAGAAGAAGCAGACAGACUUAUUACUUACUUAGAUCAGACUACCCAGAAGUCACUAAUUGCUUCUGUUGAAAAACAACUUCUAGGUGAACACUUAUCAGCAAUUCUUCAGAAAGGUUUAAAUAACCUCCUUGAUGAAAACCGAAUUCAGGAUUUGUCUCUCCUGUAUCAGCUCUUCAGUAGAGUUCGAGGUGGAGUUCAGGUACUCUUACAGCAGUGGAUUGAGUAUAUCAAGGCUUUUGGAAGUACUAUUGUUAUUAACCCUGAAAAAGAUAAAACCAUGGUUCAAGAAUUGUUGGACUUUAAAGAUAAAGUUGACCAUAUAAUUGAUACCUGCUUUCUGAAAAAUGAAAAAUUUAUCAAUGCCAUGAAAGAAGCAUUUGAAACAUUCAUUAAUAAAAGACCAAAUAAACCAGCUGAACUGAUAGCUAAGUAUGUGGACUCAAAACUUCGUGCAGGAAACAAAGAAGCUACAGAUGAAGAGCUUGAGAAAAUGUUGGAUAAAAUAAUGAUUAUAUUUAGAUUUAUCUAUGGCAAAGAUGUUUUUGAGGCCUUCUAUAAGAAAGAUUUAGCCAAACGCCUAUUAGUUGGUAAGAGUGCAUCAGUAGAUGCUGAAAAAUCAAUGCUGUCCAAACUGAAGCAUGAAUGUGGAGCUGCUUUUACCAGUAAGCUUGAAGGGAUGUUUAAAGACAUGGAGCUUUCUAAAGACAUCAUGAUUCAGUUCAAACAGGUAAAAGUCACCACCUUCAAACAGGGAAUGGAGCAGUUGAAAAACCAGAGACUUGGGCUGGCUGGUGGGUAUAUGCAGAACCAGAAUGUACCUGGAAAUAUUGAAUUAACUGUGAAUAUCCUGACAAUGGGUUACUGGCCAACAUAUGUGCCUAUGGAAGUCCAUUUGCCCCCAGAGAUGGUAAAGCUUCAGGAAAUUUUCAAGACAUUUUACUUAGGCAAACACAGUGGCAGGAAACUCCAGUGGCAGUCAACUUUGGGACACUGUGUGCUAAAAGCCGAAUUUAAAGAGGGCAAAAAAGAACUUCAAGUGUCUCUUUUUCAAACCCUGGUGCUGCUAAUGUUUAAUGAAGGGGAGGAGUUCAGUUUAGAAGAGAUCAAGCAAGCUACUGGGAUAGAGGAUGGAGAAUUAAGGAGAACACUGCAGUCACUAGCCUGUGGCAAAGCUAGAGUUCUUGCUAAAAAUCCAAAGGGCAAAGAUAUUGAAGAUGGUGACAAAUUCAUUUGUAAUGAUGAUUUCAGACACAAACUAUUCAGGAUAAAGAUCAAUCAAAUCCAGAUGAAAGAAACGGUUGAAGAACAAGCAAGCACUACAGAAAGAGUAUUUCAAGAUAGACAGUACCAAAUUGAUGCUGCAAUUGUCAGAAUUAUGAAGAUGAGAAAAACACUUAGCCACAAUCUUCUUGUUUCAGAAGUCUACAAUCAGCUAAAGUUUCCAGUAAAACCCGCUGAUCUAAAGAAGAGAAUAGAAUCCCUAAUUGACCGAGACUACAUGGAAAGAGAUAAAGAAAACCCAAAUCAGUACAACUAUAUUGCAUAGAAUGUUGGCCAUGGAACAUUUGUUGUCACAAUUCCUUAGCCAAUGGAUAAACUAACUUGAUGAAUCUUAU